AUGCCUGCCGCAAGUUCUGAUCGAUCACGUACUUCACGAGUUCCACGGAAGGAGGUGCGGCGCGCACAUGGGAAUCAGAAGAACGUACGAGGCCAUCCGCACAUCCGCACAAAGUAUUGUUGGCCCAAGGUCUUCAAAGACAUCAAGAAGUUUGUCCGUCAUUGCGAUUUGUGCCAGAGGUACAAGCAGUCGACGUUCUCUUCUGGACUACUGCAGCCGAUACCGGUGCAUGCCCAGUUCCAUACCGUGGGCUUGGACGUCAUCGGUCCAUUCCGGUCGUCACGCCGUUACAAGUUUGUCAUCGUUGCCACAGAUUACUUGACCAAAUUCGCCGAAGCCAAGCCGGUCAGAAACACCAUUCAAAACUUUAUUGAAAGACGUCUGGUCCUCAAGCACGGCUGCCGAGCGGUGAUAAUCGCUGAUCGUGAAACCCAGAUGAUGGCACGGUCAACUGAAUCGCUCCUCCGAGGCCGAGGGAUCAAGCCCAACCCGACCACAGCUUAUCGCCUUGCUGCUAAUGGACUUUGUGAACGCGCCAACAAGACCAUCAAGCAGAUGAUGACGCUGGUAACAGCGGGGGGAGAGAAGUUGGCAGACAUCUUCCGCCAUGUUACAUUUUGUUACAACACCAAGCACUACCAAACACAGAACCAAGAGUCCACCAAACAGUCUCCGUUCUUUCUUGUGUACGGGCGCAAUCGGGUGCUGCCCCUCGACGUUGUAUUUAACCGUGUAGCCUGUCGUAUUGCCUUAGGAGGCGUUCGGUAG